AUGAUAAAUCCUGAAGAACCAGAACCUAGGGCCCCAUUCCCGGGGCCGCACGCGAAAAGACAGCCCGCACCAUAUAAAUUCACUCCAGACGAACUCAGGGUCUUGAAAGACUGUAACUAUGAAGCCUUCUACCAAAGGUGUUUGCCUCUAAGUGCUCUGUUCGCGACUGCAGCUUACUAUGGUUGCAAAACGGGCUAUUUUAGAGCGAACGCCCGAUACGGGCCGGCACCUAAGGUUUUGGUGGGCGUAGCUAUAGGUUAUUUCAUGGGAAAGAUGUCUUACCAAAGGAAAUGUGCUGAAAGACUGAUGCAACUCCCUCACAGUCAAUUGGGAGAGAUACUUCGUCAACGAAAACGAGGAAACGUUCAAGAAGGCUUCGACUCGGGAAUUGGACCGUCUAUGGCUCUUGCUCCAUUUGGUGGGAUGGAAUCGACUACAGUUUAUAACGACAUCAACCCAAAUAACAGCUUAGAUAUCGAUACCACCAGGCCCGAUGCGCCUGGGCUUGAAGAUUACCAGCGUCCAUCUAUGGAUAACCCGCUGGUUUAUGAAGAGGAAAUGCCUCCUGCACAGAAGAAUUUUACCAGUUAUGAAGAGUUGAGAAGGAAGAAUCGUGAAGAGUAUGCACAAAAGAGACUUGGGAACUACAAAGAGCCUCCACGGGAGCCUGGUAAAGUAUCCCCACCGGUUUAUGAAGCCCCACCAGUUAGGAGUGGAAAUGAACAAGAUGCAAGUGGAUUUCCGUCUGGUCCUAGAAACAAAUAUGGUGAUGUUUGGGGUUAA